UAUAGACAUAUAAAUCAUUAGUUCAUUUUCUAAAAUGUUUCCUUAUUGUUGUCUUUCAGAGAUUAUGUGAGCUGCUGCAUUAGCCUUCUAACAUCUUGCACGGAUACUCCUGGUAUGUCUGAAGGACAGAUCUCUUUUAUGUUCUGAAUGUACCAGGUUGUCCUCAUGAGUACUCCUGUGGAGAAUGUCCAUGAUCUUUUUUGCCUGUGUGGUGCGGGUGAGGGAUGGACUUCCCCUCUCAGCCUCCACAGAUUUUCAUUUCAACCACGACUUUCUGGAAUGCAGAAAGAGAUUGAAGGCGUUAUCCUCAAUUCUGGCACAGUAUCCAAGUCGAGGCACAGUAAAAGGACGUGACUUGAGCAUACAUUUCCUUUCUUCUGGGGAUAUUGCCUGCAUGGCAAUCUGUUCCAGCACUUACUCAACCGUCAUGGCGUUUUGCUUCCUGGAGGAGCUUCAGUGGGAAUUUGCUGCUUCCUAUGAUAUAACAAGUAUCGGUUUAGCUUCCAGACCAUAUGCUUUUAUUGAAUUUGAUAACAUUAUUCAGAAAGUGAAAUGUCGUUUUAAUGGUGCAAAUCGCUCUCAAAUGAAGGACAACUGGGAGAAGAUUGAGGAGGAGCUGAAGUUCCAGCCCCCAGUUCAGCUGAAACUAGAGGAUAUGGAGCUGAUGAAUGGGAUGGCAAAUGGUGGGCAUGCAGGUGUUCAUGUGGAGGUUGUGCCUACUUACAGAAUGCAGCGUGUGACUCCCUUGGGCAUUCUGUCACUUGUUCUGAACAUCAUGUGUGGAGCUUUGAAUCUCAUUCGAGGAGUUCACCUAGCAGAGUAUUCAUUUCAGGAGGACCAUGAAGGAAUUGGAAAUGUGAUAGCUUUUUUUCUACCUUUUCUAGCCUGUGUUUUUCAGUUAGUACCUAAAAGCUAGAGAAGCUAAACAGAGUUCUCUCUUAUCCUUUUGAUUUAUAGCAGUCAUAUUUACAAAAUGCUUGUGAAUAAAUUCAGCUUAAAUGUGAACUGCUUUCUGCAUGCUGAUCUCUACUUGUGUCACAAGCACAGCUGGAAACUGUGACCUUAAGUGAGAAAGCAUGAUCUGUUUCUGCCUGAGUUAAGAAAGUAACUCUUCUGCCAGCACUUUGAGUUUUCAGUUUUCACCUUUAAGGGUUGUUGCUUUUUACACAUACUUAGCAAAUGGGUUCCACCUGAUCUUGAAUUUAAAAGGAAAAAGAACUUUAAGUCGUAGCUGAACCUGUUAACAGAAACUGAGUCAAGUCUAGAGAAUGAAGAACUUUACUUAUCCCAAAAAAAAUAUGACAGAAGAAGAUUUGGGUUUACUUUUUUCUGGCUUCUAAGCCUUUGUCUUGUAAAAAUUGUAGGUAGUUUUUGAAAGCUGGUUCAGCUUUAGACUCAUUUUAGUUCAGGCUGAGACAGGCAGGGGGGAUGCCAGUUGUGCUGACAGACCUCUUUUGAUAAUCUGUGUUUAGCUGGUAUGUUCUGGGUUGAGGCCACCACCCUGGCUGUUCUUGGAGGGCAUUUCAGCAUGGGAGUUGAAGGGAAACUUUGCUCUUCUUAGUGAUCACUGUGCUGGCAGGCACAUCCAGGAGGCACAGAUGUGCCAUCAAUUCCCAGCUAUGUAUCUCAUCUAUAUAUGCAUAGUUUCAUAGAAUCAUAGAAUACCAGGUUGGAAGGAACACAAGGAUCAUCUGGUUCAAUAUUUCUAGGCAAAGCAUGACCUAGACUAGAUGGCCCAGCACCUUGUCCAGCUAAAUCUUAAGUGUUCAAUGCUGGUGAGUCCAUCACAUCCCUGGGGGGGAUUAUUGGAGUAGCUGAUUCUUCUCACUGUCAAAAACUUUUCUUGUAUCCAGUCAGAAUGUCUCCAGGAGUAGCUUGUGCCCAUUACCCCUUGUCUUUUCCAUGUAGAAAUGUUUAAUGCUAACACUGUCUCUCUGGUGCU